GUGGCCUGUCACCUGCACUCAACGGGGCCGUGGAUAGCGCAAAGCUCGGUACGAUGUAGGCGGUACCUGGCACAAACUGGAGGCGGAACCUGGACGACUUGGCCUGUCAGGACCUUGCAGCGAUUUCUCAACCUCUCUCGCAAUCGUUUUUCCCGCAAAAGCUUUAGUUCGCACUGCUCCCCCCAGUCCAACUUUCGACCUCGACUCCAUCGUCCUCUCCUCUCCUCUCUUCCUCCUUUCUCCCUCAGAGCCACACUCGUGCAUCUCUUUGCUCCUCCUACCUCCUAUCGUUAGCCUCGGUCCGGCCAUAUCAAUACCUUCACCAACCGUCAAAAUGAGCAGUCUCGUUGAGGAAGCAGUCAAGAAGCUGACCAACACGGUCGAGACCCUCGAGUCCAGAAUUAAGUCUCUGGAGGACCGCGCAGCUGGCGGUUCCGGCAAGCUCACCACCGAUGAGGUCCGCAUGAUUCUCAUCGGUCCCCCCGGUGCUGGCAAGGGCACUCAAGCUCCCAAGAUCAAGGAGAAGUUCAACUGCUGUCACUUGGCCACUGGCGACAUGCUGCGAUCCCAGGUCGCCAAGAAGACUCCGCUCGGCCGGGAAGCUAAGAAGAUCAUGGACCAGGGCGGCCUGGUCAGCGAUGACAUUGUCAUUGGCAUGAUCAAGGAGGAGCUCGACAACAACAAGGAGUGCAAGGGAGGCUUCAUCCUCGACGGUUUCCCUCGUACCGUCCCCCAGGCCGAGGGUCUCGACGCCAUGCUUAAGGCCCGCAAUCAGACGCUCCAGCACGCCGUUGAGCUCCAGAUCGACGACUCAUUGCUCGUCGCCCGCAUCACUGGCCGCCUCGUCCACCCCGCCAGCGGUCGCAGCUACCACAGCACCUUCAACCCUCCCAAGGAGUACAUGAAGGACGACAUCACCGGCGAGCCCCUGAUUCAGCGCAGCGACGACAACGCCGAUGCCCUCAAGAAGCGUCUUGCCACUUACCACGCCCAGACCGCCCCUGUCGUCGGUUACUACAAGGCGAACGGUAUCUGGAAGGGCCUCGACGCGUCGCAGCAGCCUGGCCAGGUGUGGAAGAACAUGCUUGAGAUCUUUGACGAGCAGCGCAAGGGCGGCCACGCCUCCGGCAUCCUGAGCCGCAUCACUGGAAAGAACUAAGCGGGCACGGGCUUCCCAGCCUUUGCUCCCGCCAGCGCGCCGGCUCAUCCACAGCUCCCCGGCGGCUGCGCACAACAAGACGGCCAGAAGGAAACGGAGACAAAGGUCUACUUUCACGUCUCUUACUUUGGCCUAUCUUCUGGGUCAACGAUACCAGAAGAGAGGAGGGCGUGGGUCGGAAUAACUUUUUUAUGGGACUUUUUAUGGAUCAUGAAAUGGACUGGAAAGGAUUACAUCCUCGUCCGCCCCCGAAGCUGUUGAGAUCAGC